CCCACUUCACAUCCUCUAUUCAUAUAUUACAUUUACGUGUCUAAUAAUUCAUACGCUUUCAUACCAACAACCUCUUAUAGUAAAGUCCCACUGGCAAAUAGCAAGAGCUCUUCAUUAAUUAAAACCCUACCUGCAAUUUCAUGCUCUCUUCAUUCUUAUACCCAUUUUCACAUCUGAUUUCUUGAUCAACUCACCGCAUUGAUCGAUCCCUUUUCCUCGAUCAUUCACUAAUAAGAAUGGAUCAUCGACUCAAUGCUACGACCUCGUCUUCCCUCUUUUCUUUCUACCACCCUUUCUUCACUAUCCUGGCCCUCGCUAUCUCGGGGUUGAUCCUGUUGGUCUCGCAAAAGAGGAAAUCCAAGCGGGUGAACCUACCUCCUGGCCCGCCUGGAUGGCCCGUGGUCGGAAACCUCUUCCAGUUCGCUCGCUCGAAGAAGCCCUUCUUCGUGUAUGUCGACGAACUGCGGGCCAAGUACGGCCCUAUCUUCACCCUGAGGAUGGGGACAAGGACGAUGAUAAUCCUGAGCGACGCGAAGCUCGUUCACGAGGCCCUUAUUGAGAGGGGACAGCUCUUCGCCAGCCGGCCUAGGGAGAAUCCGACCCGGGCCAUCUUCAGCUGCAACAAGUUCACUGUCAAUGCGGCGAUCUAUGGGCCCUUGUGGAGGUCGUUGAGGAGGAAUAUGGUCCAGAACAUGCUCAGCUCCGGCCGGCUGAAGGAGUUCAGGGCCAUCCGGGAUGCGGCCAUGGACAGGUUCAUCGAUCGGCUCAGGGCCGAGGCAAAGGGCAAUGAUGGGGUCGUCAGUGUUCUCAAGAACGCGCGAUUCGCCGUGUUCUGUAUAUUACUCGCGAUGUGUUUUGGCCUUGAGAUGAAUGAGGAGACCAUCGAGAGGAUGGAUCAAAUGAUGAAGACUGUCCUCAUCACAUUGGAUCCGAGGAUUGAUGACUAUCUCCCUAUUCUUAGCCCAUUCUUCUCCAAAGAUCGCAAGAGAGCACUCGAGGUAAGGAAGGAGCAAAUCGACUUCAUUGUCCCUUUCAUCAGGAAGCGGAAGCGGGCAAUCGAGAACCCUGGAUCCGAUAGCUCAGCCACGUCAUUUUCAUACCUUGACACGUUAUUCAAUCUCAAGGUCGAGGGCCGGAAGUCAGGCCCCACGGAACCGGAGCUCGUGACCCUCUGCUCGGAGUUCCUCAAUGGUGGGACAGACACAACGGGGACGGCAAUCGAAUGGGGCAUUGCGCAGCUGAUCGCGAACCCUCAUGUCCAAUCAAAGCUCUAUGAGGAGAUCAAGUCCACUGUCGGAGAUAAGCGGGUUGAUGAGAAGGACGUUGAGAACAUGCCCUACUUGCACGCCACCGUCAAGGAGCUGCUGCGGAAACACCCGCCGACCUACUUCUCACUGACGCAUGCUGUCACUGAGCCAACCAAGCUGGCAGGCUAUGAUAUCCCGACAGAUGUGAAUGUCGAGAUAUAUCUCCCGGGGAUUGGAGAGGACCCGAAACUGUGGACCAACCCGGAAAAGUUCGACCCUGAUAGAUACAUUACGGGCAAUGAGGACGCUGAUAUUACCGGAGUAACGGGAGUGAAGAUGCUGCCUUUCGGGGUUGGAAGGAGAAUCUGCCCUGGAUUGGGGAUGGCUACGGUUCAUGUUCAUCUGAUGCUAGCACGGAUGGUUCAGGAGUUCGAGUGGAGUGCUUAUCCGCCGAAUAGCAAGAUCGAUUUUACUGGGAAGUUAGAGUUUACGGUAGUAAUGAAGAACCCUCUUAAGGCACUCAUCAAGCCUAGGGUUUGAAAAGGAAUGUUGAAGAAGAGAGAAAGGAAUUAGAAGGGGCCGGGAAAGGUAUGUGAGGUAUUCCAAUAUUUUGUUGUGUAUUUCGGUUUGCAAGAUUAAGCGAGAAAUGGCUUACUAGUUAAAGAUGAUCAUAUUGUUUUAAUUUUUCUUCUUAUUUUUAAUAAUGAUUAAUUACAACUCGUGUUUGAAGUUGAUGGAGUUGAUUGUUAGUGAAUUGUUCAUAGUUCGAUUAGACAAAAGACAAGUAUAUUUUCGAUAGUCA